GCAGUUGCUCUGCCCAGAGGGUCCACACUAGAGCAGAUCCUGCGCAACUCAGUGAGAAGCCCCCCGGUCUUCCACGUCCAUCACCAGCAAUAACAACAGGUGACUGUGGUCUGCCUCUCUCCUCUCAGCCUCCUGGAGUGACCACUGCCAGCCAGAGAUCUCUGCUGCCACAGUGUAUCUUUCAGCUCUAGCUGCUCCGGAACCACAGCGUCAACAUGGUGCAAUCUGGAGGCUUACUCACUAGCAUAAGAGAUCCAGUUACACUGAAGAGCAUCUCUGUGACGCUGUCCAUUAAUGAUUUUGUGGCUGGUGUGUCUGCAACCCUAAACUAUGAGAAUGAAGAGAAACCCUUGGAGGCCUUCUUCAUGUUCCCCAUGGAUGAAGAUUCUGCUGUCUACAGCUUUGAGGCUUUUGUAGAUGGGAAGAAAAUUGUGGCAGAACUGCAGGACAAGUAUCAGGUCCACAAAAGGUAUGAAGAGACCCUUUCUGGGGGAUAUCAGCCUUACUUAUUGGAGGAAGACAAGUGUUCCAAGGAUGUCUUCUGUUGCAAUGUGGGGAACCUGCAGCCAGGAUCAAAAGUGUCACUGACCCUGAGAUAUGUGCAAGAACUUCCCUUGGAAGAUGAUGGGGCCCUGCGUUAUGUGCUCCCAGCCAUCCUGAAUCCUAGAUACCAUCUCUCCUCCGAUCGAAGUGAGGACAGUAGCAUGGAUAUGAAGACCCCGAUAGUCCCUUUGGAGGAAUUGCCCUACACACUCAGCAUGGUUGCCACCAUCAGCUCUCAGCUCGGUAUCAGUACAAUCCAAUCCAACUGUCCUUUGAGUCCCAUUGAAUACACUGGAGAUAAUAAGACCUCUGCUCAGGUUUCCUUGGCUGAAGGACACAAGUUUGACCGGGAUGUGGAACUCCUGAUUUUCUAUAGGAAGGUGCACAGCCCCAGUGUAGCUGUGGAGAUGGGGAUGUCUGAAAGGCCAUCAGAUAGCUUAAUGGGCGCGCCUUCUGCAAUGGUGAGUUUCUAUCCAGAUAUCCCAGAAGUGGAGACCGCAACAAAGCGUGGAGAAUUUGUGUUCCUUAUGGACCGUUCAAGAAGCAUGAAUAGCCCCAUGAGUUCCAAGAAUAGGUCGCAGCUGAGAAUAGAUGCUGCCAAGGAAACACUGAUUCUGCUACUGAAGAGUUUGCCAGUGGGCUGCUAUUUUAACAUCUAUGGAUUUGGAGCCACCCACGAGGAGUUCUUUCCGGACAGUGUAUUAUACAAUCAGGAAACCAUGCAGGUUGCAGUGAAGAAAGUAAAGAAUCUGUUGGCGGAUCUAGGAGGGACUGAACUUUUAACACCACUGCGGAAAAUUUUUAGGAAACCUCCCAUCCCAGGGCAUCCCUUACAGAUCUUUGUCUUCACUGAUGGAGAAGUUGUUGAAACUUUUAGUGUAAUCAGAGAAGUUAAGUUCCAGAGCAGAAAGCACAGGUGUUUCUCAUUUGGCAUUGGAGAAGGGGCCUCCACUAACUUAGUCAAGAACCUUGCCCAGGUGUCAGGGGGCACUGCAGAGUUUAUCACAGGCAAUGACAGGAUGCAGUCCAAGGCCCUGAGAUCCCUGAGGCGUUCUUUACAGUCUGUAGUAGAGGAUGUCUCUCUGAGCUGGAAUUUGCCUCCCCAGAUGUUUGCACCUAUGCUAUCUCCAGAACAAACUUCUAUUUUUAGGGGUCAAAGGUUAAUCAUCUACAGCCUACUGAUUGGAAAGAUACCAAAAGAAGAGGCAACCGGUGAAGUGUGUCUCUCAUAUACGCUUCAUGGCAAAAGUUAUGAGGAAAAGGUGACAUUUUCUCUACAGCCAAAGCCUGAUGACAACUUCACCAUUCAUCGUCUUGCUGCAAGGUCCAUGAUCCAGUCCAAAGACUUUGGCUUCAAGGAGACUUCACUAAUGUAUAAAAGAGAUGUGUUGGACAUCAGCCUAGAUUCUGGAGUCAUGAGCUCCUUCACAGCCUUUGUCGCCAUUAACAAGGAACUCAAUGAGCCAAUCCAUGGGCCCCUGGUUCAUAGGGAAAUCCCAAGGCCAAUUCUUUUGGGUGCAGGUCCUAGAAGGCCCUCUGAUGGUUAUCCCAAAAAUCUAUUCUGCGCCAGUGGUCCUGGAACUCUGCCUCCAUGGUUGAUGAACAAAGGACAAUGUGCUGCUAUGAUAUACACGCCAAAUGGCCCACCUCGUGAGCCUCAGAAAAGCCAGAAGAAGAAAUGUGCGAAUCCUACAGAUGCUCGCCCUGAGUUGCCCCAUUUGGCUAAAUAUGACAGUUACCCACAAGGGAGUAAGGAGCAUAGCAUUGCACAGCUGAUAUAUCUCCAGAAUGCAGAUGGCUCCUGGGAUAUGAACGAGGAUUUAGCUAAGAUUCUAGGUACUAGUUUGGAAGACAUGACAGCUGCACACCCUUCUGAGGUAUUAGAAGCCAAAGCCUGGGCUACAAUGCUGGCUGUGAUCUGGCUGCAUGCCAAUGGCAAGGACUUGAAGGACGAGUGGGAGCUUCUGGAAAGGAAGGCUGUGGUCUGGCUUCACAACAAUGCAGUCCGAGGCUUCAAAAAGCUUAUGCGUACUGCCAACAAGUUCUUGAAGACGUCUUUGAGUCCCUCGAUCUUCAAGUUAUGAGAAUGAUGCCCAGGAGAAGGGCAUUCUUUCCUGCCUCCUGCCACAUCCUUCAGCUCGUCUGCUAAGAUAGAUUUUUGUCUUGGGUACCUUAUCACUUGUAUCUUACUAUAAAAGUGAAGGACGUGUACAUUGCUUUGGCUAUCUGUUGUAGGUCUCACUGGAUAUAAAUGUGGGUGUCUGUGUGUCCCCUAUGGCAAGUGCUGGUAGGCAUAGAAACUGUUUCCUAUCUUGGAGUAGUAUAGAACAUUUGCAUGGAGUGAUGUUUCUCCUAGCUUUUAAAAACACAAUUCACUCCAGUCUAGGGACAGUGGCAGAGCUACAAGAGAAUUCCUGAGCCAAAUCAUUGUCCUUGUGAUCUUUUGGGUACUCACUUUUCAUUUCAUAUACUUGUCAUUACAUACAUUAUAUACUCAAAUACAAUUUGAGCGUUUCCAUGCUUGGAAGAAGUUGGAUGUAAACUGAAAGCCAACUUCAGGGUCAAUGUAACUUCAAGAUUACAGAGAAUCUAGUUUUCCAUUUUGCCCAUUGCUACUGUUGGGAACAUUCUUGAUGCACUCUUGUGGCCAUUGUCAGUCUAUGCUCCACACCUUUCUUUCUCCCGAGAUGAGUCGUACUUGUAAAUAGAUGUCUAUCUUUAACCAUUAAUCUUUCUGUAGGAGGUUGAUAAUGAAAUCUUUAGACCUAGCUUUAAUCCACUAAGCCUGUGAGUUUGGUUAUGGCCUGGUUGACACAGAAUUAAUGUAGGUUGUGCUGAGACCUGUGUAUGUUUUGUUUUUCAACCCGUGAAGAAUGGGGUUACCUGAUUACUCUGACACUUGCUUGUCACAUACCCUAUCAUAUUACAUGACCCUAUUCCUCCAGAUUGCUGUUUUCCCAGUAUUAAAGUGGCCAUUUCUGCUAUG